GAAGGAGCAGCACAGAGGUGGAUGUUUUUGGUGUCGCAGGUGUGAAAUCAGGGAAGCUUGACCAGGUUUGGCACCACUUCCUGCUCUUGUUCGUGGUGGUGGCCCUCUACAUCUGUGAGCGGCUGGAGCCGGUUCUGAUUGGGAAAAUGAUUUUACAACAAAAAUAAAACAAAAAAGUAAAACAAGCUAAAAAAAUAUCAUAAAAUGUUUGAGAAUAAAUGUUCAAAUUUUACUGUAGUGAAAUGGUAAAAAGUGGGUUUUGGAAAAAUUAAAGUGAACUGAUGAAACAAUACAGAUGAAUAUAUAUUGAACAAUAACUUAUAAGGAGGAAAAUGAUCUUUUGGUUGCUUUCCGUUUUACAGAAACAUGACAUUCUCAGGGGUUUUGCUGGGAUUCUCACUUUGGAAAUGGACGUAAACACAGCCUCUGCAGAGGAAUGUGGAGCUGCCCUGCAGACCCUCCCUGGAGCUUCCGCCACCAGCUUCAGAUAUGUCAGCUGAAGGAAAACACAUGUUCAACGUGUGUCGCAAGUCCUCGGGAAUCUCUGAAAUCUGUGGAAUGCAGAUUCUAACUCUUAAAAAAAAAAGAAGGAAAACACGACAUGAAUUCAGAGUGGAAGGUAACGUUUUGUGCUGCGAUAGAAAAUGACAGAUUGGGUCUGUACUGCAGAGAAAACGAGCCCAAAUUCAGUCCUGCGGUUCUCCACCUCUGACUGUGGCAUCUGCAUUCUCGUGCAGCAAAGACGCAGUCGGCCUGUUGCAGCAGCAUUUAAGUCAGUUUGUCUCAUUAAAGCUGCAGAACUGUGGGCUCCCAAAUGGCUCGGAGCAUCUGAAAUAGUUGUAGAUCUAAAGUCAGAAAAGGGGGAGCAGAACUAAGAACGAGCUCAUUCUUGUGAGUGUUAUUCUGAUUUGUUUAUUUUCUGUUUUGUGCACCUCAAGUUUCUGGUUUUUCUUUUUUCUCCCAGGCUGCAGCGUUGGGCAGAAGUUCAUUUGCUGCAGAGCUGCAUGUGUGAUGAAUCGGGCUGCACGCUCUGGAGGGGUUGAGUCACACCUAAAGCCAGAGGUUUGUAAAAUGCAUCAGCUCUUUGCAGAAUCGACCGAGAAACAAAUGACGCAACUCGGCCUCCUGAGCCUCUGAUUACAUGUCCUUGGUACUUUGCACACAUCUAACGGAAACGUCUUUAGUCCACAACCUUUAAACUCUAAAGAAAGAUCAAGUGAAGAAAACACUUCCUGGAGGACGAGGAAGCAGAAUUUAGAGACUGAUGGGUGUGAGGAUGAAAGAGAGAAAAAUUUGAAAGAACUCAUUCAGUUUAAUUUAAGUCCAAAUAUUCCAAACUUAAUUUAAAAAAGUAGAUCUGCUGUGUUCAAGUCAAGAAAUCCUUUAGACCAGAUCAAGAAUUCAUGGGAAGACAUGGACGAGCACUACAGAUCAUACACUGAUGGGAUUUUGCUAUGGAAAAUGUGCACAUCUCACCUGCAUUUGCGGCAUUUUUCUUUUCUUUCGUUUGACUUUGGAUCAAAAAUCCACUUUAUUUAAUGAAAUCAGAAAUGAUCUGGACUAAAAGACAUUUGUAAUCAAUGUGGACAGGCCGGUUCUUAGAAAUAAGAUAUGACUUGAACUGCUGAGAAAGGACAGAGCGACCAAACGGAGGUUUAACUUUAACACCUGACCCGUGUGACCCUAAGCAGGUGACGCUGCUGAUACAAGCGGACACGUGACUAAAUCAAAACGCAAAACUGUCUGUUUUUCUGUGCAAAACAAAUAAUGUAUUACUAGUUAUCAUGCUCGUGCAUAUUUGGUCGCUUAAUUUGUGUUUCUCUAAUGAAAAAAAAAGAAUGAAAUAUGCAUUUUGAAAAACGAAAUGGAAUUUUUUUGGCAUCUCCUGCUCCGCGUCAUGCCAGCUCUGGCUGCUAAAAGCAGUUGAGAUGUGACAUCAGAAUGUCGUCAUUCUGAUUUUUCUCACUUUUCGUUUAUCUUUGUAACCUCUCCGCAUGUCCUCCUCCAUCCCUUCCCCCGGGCGUUUCUGACUCUCUUUCUCUCUCUUUCCAUGCGCAAAGGCUAAAAGUCUGUUGUUUGGUGAGAGCCUCCGCCUCCUCGUCUUCCUUCUCCACAAGCGCGUCAGACUCCUGUCAUCAGUCACUCCCUCAUCCAGUCAAACAGUUCUCCGUCAAGCGGUUGUUCCAAAAAGUAUCGGCUCUCCUGGCGCGCGGACUGAAUCCAGCGGCUUUCCUGCGUUUUUACGCGCGGAGCUUUCCAUCGCGCGCAGCGCACCGGCUCCGGUCUCCUGCUGCUCAAACAUGGAUGACGAGUUCCCUCCCAACUUACCUCCGUAUUUUAAUGGAGAUUCCGAGGCUCUGACCCCCAACUCCACCGAGGAGCCCGGAUGGUGGGCGUCCGCGGACGGCGGGGAAACGGCCCACUUCAUCGUGCGCUGCGUCAUGACCUCUCUGUACAUCCUCAUCAUCGCCGUGGGUUUGCUGGGCAACAUCACGCUCGUGAAGAUCUUCAUCACCAACAGCGCCAUGCGCAGCGUGCCCAACAUCUUCAUCUCCAGCUUGGCGGCGGGAGACCUGCUGCUGCUGGUCACCUGCGUGCCCGUGGACGCCUUCCGCUUCUUCUCAGAGGAGUGGGUGUUCGGGGAGGCGGCGUGCAAACUCAUCCCCGUCAUCCAGCUGACAUCUGUCGGUGUGUCGGUGUUUACGCUCACGGCGCUCAGCGCGGACAGGUAUAAGGCCAUAGUGAAUCCGAUGGACAUCCAGACGUCGAGUGCCGUCUUUUGGACGUGCCUGAAAGCCGUUUCCAUCUGGCUGCUGUCCGUGCUCCUGGCGGUCCCUGAGGCCAUUUUCUCCCAAGUUGUUUCCAUGCAGGGCCACAAGGACAACAUGAACGUGACGUUCGUCAACUGCGUGCCCUACCCGCUGUCCAAUCAGAUGCAUCCCAAGAUUCACUCUGUGAUGAUCUUCCUGGUUUAUUUUCUGAUCCCUCUGGCCAUCAUCUCUAUAUACUACUACCACAUCGCGCGCACGCUCAUCAAGAGCGCGCACAACAUGCCGGGGGAAGUCAGCGAGCACACCAGGAGACAGAUGGAGACCAGGAAGCGUCUGGCUAAGAUCGUGCUGGUUUUUGUGGGCCUCUUUGCUCUAUGCUGGUUUCCCAACCAUGUGCUCUACAUGUACCGGUCCUUCCACUACCACCAGAUGGACCUGUCCGUGGCCCACCUAGUCAUCACCUUGCUGGCCAGAGUCCUGAGCUUCUCCUCGUCCUGUGUCAACCCGUUUGCCCUCUAUCUGCUCAGCGAGAGCUUCCGCCGACAUUUUAACAGUCAGCUGCGAUGUGGUCGAGGUCCCAACCCUGAGCGCCAGGCUAGCUACCUGCACAGCACCUCCCACAUCCGCCUCACCUCCAUCAAGAAGACAGCGCCCACCGCGACCAUCAUGGCUCCUGCAGCCAACGGCAAUGCCAGCAAGCAGGAAGCGGCGCUGUGAAAAAGCUCACGUGUUCCUGGAGAUUUUGUGAAUGUACGGGACUCCUGGGGGAGAGUCCAGUUUGGACGAGGAUAAGAAACUACAAUGAGAAGCCUUUCCAACAGUGGCUCCACCUUUUUGGACUCCAUUUUUACAUCGUCAACCUGGCAACCAAAACAAGAAGUGCCUCCUGGAAUUAAAAGAGAACAGAAAAGGACUACACUAACUAUAUAUUCUCAUUUGCUAUUGUUCUGCAUCUGUUUAAAGUUGUUACAGAAUUCAUUCCCUGCAGAAAUGAUGGUGGAAGCAAAACAACCCCAUACUGACCAUGUGAGCUCCUAGCUUAUGACUCUGGGCUGAAUCGUUUUCCUUUGGUUUCUUUGGUUCCUUCGGUUGCCACCAAGCAAACAUUUCAAUAUGGACCCCAUAUGGUUUACCUGUGGGCUGAUUUGAUUGGUCCCAAGUGGGUUUGUCCUCAGGUUCCAUGGUACCCCCAAAUCUUUAGCCCAUUUGAGAACCAAGUGGGAUUUUUCUUGUAAUUUAUUUUUCUUGUUAAAAUUUUAUUGAUUUUUCUUGUAAUUUUUGUGUGACCCAGCUGGGUCCUAUAUGGGUGUAGUUUAUUUUUUCCAGAGGGUUCCACUGAAUCUACAGGCAAAUCUCACUUGGUUCCCACAUGGGCAAACAUUUGGGGCCACCAUGGAAAUCCACAGACACUUGGGGCACAUUAAGUCAGCCCACAGGUAAAGCAUAUGGGGUCCAUGUUGACUAUAGGUCAUUGAAACCAGAUUGGUAAAUGUUCAGAGGCUCUUUUUAUCGUUGUUUCUACCCAAACCCCUUUGUUCUGAGUAAGUAAUGAUAGUCAUCUCUCUUUCUAUACAGCUUGCCAUAAAUAUGAAGGGCUGAACUGACUUCCCCCUUCUUCCCAAGUAUAAACUGGAAAUUACUGAGGUGACCUACAUGAAGCUUUCAUUUGUGUUCCAGAGCUUUCUUCCAUGUGCGUUGGGCAUUGUCCUCUCUUUGCUGUUGAGAAAGUAACAUUUUUUUUUCUUUUAUCCCCCAUUGGUUCAUUCAGUGAGACCUCUUGAAAGAAAGUGUCUUUUUCCCCGUAAGUUUCUGACAGAAACUGUUUUCGUUCUUUGCUAUUUUGAGGUUUUUAGUGGUUGGUUUCCUUGUGUUCCCUGAGGGAAAACCUCCUCCAUGUGUCACGGACAUUCCACCCGUUUAACAUUCCAAUGUUUCCCAUUGACAGUGAUGCAACAAGAGUUUCACACAGAUGCAGGACAAUACUUUUCUUCUAAGUGACAUUUCUGUCUUGUGAGUUUGAAAGUGAAUCAAGCGAACGUUCAUUACAGACGUCUUUGACAAUUUCCUUUAUUAUAAAUAAUGACCACGUUUUUACAUUGUUGUAGAACUUUUGUGUGUCACUCCUGACCUGCCGGGCACGCCACUUCAUGAUUCCUGAUGCCGCAAUUAAUUACCUGCAAGUGACUAAGAUAUAUUUUCAAUUAUCCCAAAUGAAUAAUUUGCACCUUCUUUCGUUAUAGGAAUUCUAAUGUUUUUUUGAAGUGCUGUGAAAUUAGUCAAUACAGGGAUGAAUACUGGGAUUGCAUCGAGCAUGCUUCUGAAGCGGAAAAUCUGCAGCAGACUUUCCGCACACAAAAAAAGGGAUUGAAUAUGACGAAUAUUCAUGGUGGGUGCACAAACAAACAGAGCCAUGCAUUUGAAUGUCAUCGGCUUUGUGUUGCUGCUUCAGACUGUGUGCACAUGCAGAGGUGUGUACAGCAUUCCACUUUUCACGGUUUCUCUUACGUCUUUAAGAAGUUUGAUGUGUUUGCUUGGCAUGCUUCUUCUAUUCUGUGCUGGAAACGUUCACAAACGUGUAAUAAACGUUCUUGAAUUACCCCCCCCCCCCCCACCACCAUUAAACAAUUCUAAAAU